CUCUCAUUACUCGCCACAGCCUCAUUCUCUGUUCUCUUAUCCAGUCUCCCAGUCUCCAGUUCGUGUCCUCUUCACGACUCUGCCGUACCAAAUCCAAAGCAAUGAACAGCUUAACGACGAGCUUCGCAGCUCGGUUCCCUGCACGUGCCGAGCAAGUGUUCUGCAAUCGAGGAAGAAGCUUUGCCCUCUUCCGACCUCCUCGGACCCACAGAACUCCGAGAAUCGUUUGCAUGGCGGAGCCCUAUUUGAUAACAAAACUGGAGUCUGCCGAGAAAACGUGGAAAGAAUUGUCGGUCAAGUUGGCUGAUCCGGAUAUUGUCUCAAAUCCUAGUGAAUACCAAAAGCUAGCACAAUCCAUGGCAGAGCUUGAUGAGGUUGUCUCAACCUUUAAGAGAUUCAAGGAUUGUGAGAAGCAGUUAGAAGAAGCAAAAGCUUUAGCAAAAGAGGAUGGCAUUGAUGCAGACAUGGCUGAGAUGAUAGCUUAUGAAAUUGGAACUUUAACGAAUCAGCUAAAAGAACUGGAGGAGAAUAUUAAGGUGUUAUUGCUUCCAAGUGACCCCCUUGAUUCAAGAAAUAUAUUGCUUGAAGUAAGGGCAGGUACUGGUGGUGAUGAGGCUGGAAUAUGGGCUGGUGAUCUUGUCCGCAUGUAUCAAAAAUAUAGUGAGCGGAAUUCUUGGAAGUAUGCUCCAGUUUCAAGCUCUGAGGCUGAAAAGGGAGGAUUCAAAACAUAUGUGUUGGAGGUGAAAGGAAAUUGUGUCUACAGCAAAUUAAAAUAUGAGAGUGGUGUUCACCGGGUUCAACGUGUUCCUCAAACAGAAACACAGGGCCGUGUGCACACUUCCACUGCAACUGUAGCAAUCAUGCCUGAGGCUGAUGAAGUUGAGGUGGUAAUAGAUCCAAAAGAUAUAGAACUUACAACAGCUAGGUCUGGGGGUGCUGGAGGGCAGAAUGUCAACAAGGUGGAGACAGCCGUUGAUCUUUUCCAUAAGCCCACUGGAAUCCGUAUAUUUUGUACUGAAGAAAGGACUCAGCUUCAGAACAGGAGCCGUGCUCUCCAGUUGCUGCGGGCAAAAUUGUAUGAGAUCAAAGUAAGGGAGCAGCAAGAGUUAAUAAGGAAUCAGCGGAAAUCGCAGGUAGGUACAGGUGCUCGUGCAGAAAAGAUUCGGACAUAUAAUUACAAGGACAAUAGGGUUACUGAUCACCGGUUAAAGAUGAACUUUGAACUCACAUCUUUUCUUGAUGGUGAUAUUGAAACAGCAGUUCAGUCCUGUGUUGCUAUGGAGCAGAAAGAACUCCUGGAAGAACUGGCCCUGUCUGUAGCCACACCAGCUGGCUGAUCUUAUAGCAUCUUGACCAAUAACUUUUUGGAAGCUUUAGGUGGUUGAUCAAGCGAUGGGGGCAAACUUUCUUGGAUUAUUGGGACAAAGAAACGAAACGAUGUGUGGGCUUUUCCGGGUAUACCAUUUUUUUCAGGACAUUCUCUCAGGAAAAUGGGUGAUUAUUUUACCAUUUGUAACAAGAGACGCAGUGGGUAUAGGGCACAAUUCUAUCACAAUGGAAUUAUCAUCUUGUUGAUUGAACCCUUAAAGUUGAUAAUAGAACAUAGAAAAGAACAUGGGAAAGUUUAAAAUGGGGA